CCUCAUCCUUCCUUGCGUGCCUACCUUACCUUACCAUCGAGUUCCUGCCUCGCCCAGAUUGCUCUUCACUCUGGUUCGCUUCCAUUGUCCAGUGACCAAACUGGCAGGCACCUCGGAUUCUCUUCUUCCAAGGUCGGACAUUUUCCCCCAGCCCAUCCAUCACAUCUACUACCUAUUCCCCCGAUACCGACUCGCUUCCAAAAUUCCUGUCUACCUAUCACAUUACGUGAGAACUUCCUGGAUCGAGACUCGACUGUCUUUUUGCCUUGAUGCAGCAUACCAAUACCAGAUCUUGCGUUAGCUGGCCCGGUCAUUUGCCAUCUUUCCGUGCCCUCGUUUUCGUACGGGCCUACGGGGUACGGGGGUUGCGACGCCAACCUCUUACAAUGGCCAGGUGCCAACAAGGAUGCUUCCCCUCAACCAUGGAAAGACAGAGACCAAGAGCAAGAGACAGACGCUGGCUGCUACGGAUACUCACUCCUCUUGACGUCCUUUGCGUGUCCGUGGACAAGCACGACAAGUCAACUGUUCAUCUCUGCGCUAGUGUAAAGCAGCAGUGUGGCAGUAUCCGUCGUGCGGCGUACCAUAUCCCUCGUCUGAGGCUCAGAUCUUCUCAGAAAGUGUGCCCGUUUCAGAUUGUGCCACUUGACUUGAUGGGUCAAUCGGAAGUUACAAAGACCAGCAUAUCCUCAUCAAUUAUACCCGGCUCCGUCGCAACUCAGGCAACAUGCUUGGUCCACCAGUCCCCAACAUCCCCGGUGCAGUUCGUGCAUGCGAAGGGAUGCCCGUCGUCGAUCAUCGGCCGCCAACAGCCACUCUUUCAACGUCGGACAGCGCUAUCUGAGACCACCCACUCCCCGACACCGGCUCGUGUCGACAUUCAGACGAGGGACAAGCAGCGUAUUCGCUGCCUGCAUCAAAGCACUGUAUUUGGUACGCCAUCACCCUUCUGUUCUGCUCAGAUGACUGAGACAUUCGCACUCUGUCUCUCAUGUUCGGCAACUCCCAAAACACCGAGACAAGAUACACCAAUGGUCCUGCGAUACGGACCGUGGACGAAUGCUCUGGUAUGGAGAACCUGCUCCCCGUCUAAGAUAGCCUCACCAGACACCAAGGGCGGGCAAUCUCCCCCACUUUGAAUUAGCUCUAGUGUAUUGCCCCGACGAACAAGGUUCAGGGGCCUGCGAAAUUGCCCUUCCUACUCUGGCUGCUUCCUCGUU